UUAGAUAAACAAUAAAAUUCUUAAAAUAAAAGAAAAUAAUAAGGGUGGUAAAAUCUUUUGGAGGGGUAAAGGUAAAAGUUAUUUGAGGGGUUUUUACCCAUUCUUGGCGGGGAGACCCAUUUCGCUGUGUCUACUUGAGGCGUUUGCUUUGUUGGUGCUGAUCAAUGCCGUCGUCGCUUCUUCGAGGCCGUCGUCUCGGAACCCACGCCGGCGUCGUCAAGAGCCAAGUUACCUUAAGUUUGUUUCCAACGCCACUGGGGGAGUACUAUAAGGACUACAUUAUCAGCGGAGGUGGCACUGCUGGGUGCCCUUUGGCUGCGACACUAUCAUCCAGGUUUCGGGUCCUCCUGCUCAAAAGUGGUGGCGUUGCUUAUGGCAAUCAAAACUUGAUGUCCCAGGAUGGUUUCUGUCAGAACUCAUGGAUGUCAAUGCCCACACAAGCCUUCACAUCUGAAGAUGGUGUUCCAAAUGUCCAAGGACGCAUUCUUGGAGGCAGCAGGGCCAUGAAUGCUGGUUUCUAUAUCCCCGCAGAUCAGGAGUUCUUCGAAAGAUCCACUUUCAAUUGAGAUCUUAAAGUAGGAUUCCAGUGGCUCAUCAUCUU